AUGUCGAGCUAUCAUCGCCCGUUCCGAGGUCAAGCCUCUGCUCCCGCUCCAGGAAUACAGCAGAGGCCAGACGAACAAGAGGAAGUCAUAGACCCCAAUCUCUACGGCCCCUUUGGUCAUCGUUAUCACGAGAGCAUCUCGCAGUCACAAGAUCCCACGGUCACAAGCUGGCACGAUGUCGAAACAUCCGAACAGCAUCGUCAGCAUCCUCACGUUGCCGCUCACGAAAAGGAGAUUCUGCUGCAAGCCAUAAGCACUGUUCGACCGGGCUCAAGCGCUAGUCAAGCCGGAUUCAUCACCCAUGCCGUUCCUAUGGCCAUCGACUAUACCCAAGACAGCAGAUACACCUUCGAAUCGAGCACCGAGAAACAGCCUACGCACAACACCUCCUCCUCCUCCUUCUCCCAAUCACAUCUGCGUCGUCGUUCCAAAGGCUACCACGCCCGCUCCCACACCGGCAGCCUCUUUGACCUAGUCCACGCCAAAGAGACCUCCAAAUCGUCCUCCAAGCCCCACGUCGAAAUCCACUCGGAUGACCUACCCAUCACGCUUCGCCAUCUGGUGAAACGACCGCUUAUCCGCCAAUGGCUACACGGGCCCAAGCUCUAUCGCGAAAAGGACGAGCGCAAACCAAGCCAAUUCGAACUCGUCUUCGACCUCAUCUUCGUUGCUGUUGUCAACAAGCUCGGCCACGCCACUGCGGAAAGCAGCUCAGCCAUCAACGCGUUGAAGUUCGUAUUGAGCUUCUGGCCGUGCUUCUCGAUUUGGACGGAUGUGAGGUUGUUUUUGAAUACGAGUGGUACGGACGACAUGUUGGAGAGGUUGCUGCUGUUGGGCUGGAUGAUCCUGCUGGGUGGGUACUGUGCGAAUAUUUCGGCGGUGCAAUUGGUGAAGGAGACGCCGGAGCUGUUGGCCUUGUUGAGUGGGGAGGAGGCGAGAGGGGAUGCGCCGGCGCAGCAAGAGGCGCACGGAGUUGUGGCUGAGAUCGAGCAUAUCUUCCGACGUGCUUCCUCGGAUAGCGGGACGACGGAGCCCGUGGAGCUGGCGGUGCCGGCGUUUGGAGGGUACUGGUUUACCGACGGCUACGAUCGUGCGAUUCAUGCUGCGAUCGGGUUCUUUUUGGUGGCAAAGCUUUGGAGAUUGGGACUCUACGUCUACUACGGUUUUGCUCUACCCAAGUUUCGAAAAGCGCUCUGGCUCAACGCUCUCGCCUCGUUUGUCAUCGCAGGGAUCUACAUCCCCAUCACACUGACGAGUGAACCGUGGCUCAUCCUUACGCUCAUGUCAACAGGCAUCGUCGUCGAGCUUCUCCGCAGCUACGUCGUCGCUGCCGCCAUCCAACUCUUUCACGGACGAUCGAAGCGUACCGGCAACCACAUGUUCAUUCCCGCCCAAUCCCACGAGCAUUCCAUCGAGCGAUAUGUCCUCUUCGUCAUCCUGAUCGUAGGCGAGUCCAUCAUCAGCAGCAACUUUACCGCCAGUCUAGGUCAUUACGGCGUCAACGACGAAUUCGGUCGCGCCGCGUUGGGGAUAAGCAUCAGCGUGCUGGUGAUUUGGAUCUACUACGACGCGGACGGAAGUCGUGUCUACCAGCACGCGCUGCGUAGGAACAGCUUCACGAGCAUCACCUUCAGUCACAUCCACUAUCCACUCACUGCGGCGCUCGUGUUGAUGGCUACUUCGCUGUCGAGUCUGAUCUCCCACGAGCAGAUCAAAGGUGGCUAUGUGUGGUAUUUCGGAGGAUCGGCCUCGUGUGUUUUGGUGUGCUUGGGCUUGAUCGGCUGUCUGCAUAGGAAUUUGGACAGGUGGGGAUCGAGGUUGGUGCCGAGGUGGAUGGUGAUUGGGAUGAGGUUUGUGCUGGCGGUGGAGUUUGCUUUGUUGCCGCUGAAGGGGGAUUGGGACUCGCUGAGUUUGAUGAGUGUCGUGGCGGGAAGUUUGGGAUUUUUGGUGCUGUUCGAGACGUUGGGUAAGGUGGGCGCUGUAGGGAGGAGAUUUGAUGCGGACAAGACGCGGGAAUUGUACGCAGGUAUGGAUGCGAGCGGUGAGAAGCGAUUGAGAUUGGAUAAGAGGAGCAGUUGGCAUCCCUUUGACGAUCUGACCGCAGGGGAGAGGGGUGAGGAGGAUGUCGGGAUCGAGUCGGAGAUCGGACACUUGGAGGAGAGAGACUUGACUCAUGGUCAGAAAUGGGCGUAUGCUGCGUAG